UUCAUGUAUGAAUGAGAAGCCUUUCAUCUUAUUGCGUGACUCGGGAAAAGAAAAACAACCAAAAUGGAUCCUCCAAAUGACUUUGAAGCUCUCACCAAGGCUUUCUCAGGAUUUGGAGUUGAUGAGGAAUCGAUGGUAUCGAUCCUAGGAAAGUGGCAUUCGGAGCACUUGGAAUCCUUUAGAAAGAGAACUCCUAAAUUCUUCUUGGAGGAUGAACGUCUUUUUGAGAGGUGGGAUGAUCACCAUAUUGCAUGCUUAACGAAAGAAUUUCUGCGGUUUAAGGAUCUUGACACUCUAAUGAGUUUGAAGGAGACACUUCAGUGCCUAUGCAAUCCCCAAGCAUAUUUCAGUAAGGUCUUAAAUAAUGCAUUCAAAGAUGAUGCAGACGAGAAUACAAAAGAAGCCCUAACUCGAGUAAUAAUGACACGGAGCAAUGUUGAUAUGAAGGAAAUCAUAGAAGAAUUUGAUAAGCAAUAUAAAGUUCCUUUAACCCAGAAGAUUGAAGAUGUAGCUCUUGGAAACUAUAAGGAUUUCUUGGUGAGCUUGAUUAGAAGAGUGGCCUAAUAAGAAUACAACUUGCAUUUCUUUAGUCAAUAUUUUAACAAUAUUUUCCGUUCUUGUAAAGAUGUACAAACACAUUUGAUGAUAUUAGUGAUAUAAUUAAAUUACGCUUGUAUUUGUUAGGAAGUUUGUUAAGAGUUUGUUAUGCCAACUCAGACUGU